UCUUGUUACAGGAUCAAAUGGGAGAGAGUGUACUAGAUAGUUAUACAAAUGAUUUGUUUUACAUGAUCACAAACCACGUCUACUGAACCACGGUGAUCAGCCCCACAGACAACUAAAUCCCCUAACCGCCUCAACUGAAACAAUAUAAAUGCCGUCCCACUUACCGCUCAAUUUCAUUUCAAUUUCUUCAAACCUUCACUUCCACUCUCUCAACACUUCACAACAAACCUAUACACAAUAUAUACAUACACAUCACUCUCUCUCGCUUGAAAACCCUAGAAAUCUCUAUUUCUCGUUUAGGUACAUUUCUCGCAAUAGCGAUUCGAGCAGUGCGAUCUGUAAUCGAAAGGAUCGGAGUAGAUUAAUCGAGUUUCGUAUCUGAUUGCGCAAUGAAUAAGCUUGCAGGAUUGCCAGGAUUGAAGAGUCUCGACAAGUUUCGGGCGUAUUCCGGUGCGGGAGUUGCCAAGACGUUUUCGAAUUGUCCGAGGCCUUCGGAUUCGAUUUCGCUUGGGAGUUUUGCUAAUUUGAAGCUCACUGCAGAGAAAUUGGUGAAGGAGCAAGCUUCGGCUAAAACUGAUCUUGACUUGGCGAACUGUAAGCUGAAGAAAUUGUCAGAGCACAUUUCUGUUCUGGAAGCUAAGUUGCAGAAUGCUUUUAAUGAAAAUGCAAAGCUUAAAGUGAAGCAGAAAGAGGAUGAAAAGCUUUGGAGAGGACUGGAGUCUAAAUUUUCUUCUACCAAGGCUUUAUGUGAUCAGUUAUCUGAAACAUUGCAACAUUUAGCAGCACAGGUUCAGGAAGCUGAGAAAGACAAAGUAUAUUUUGAAAACAAGUUGGCUGCAUCAGAUGCUGAUCUUGAUAGAUUAAAUGAUCAAAUGAAGUCUUUGUCAUUGAAGCUGGAAUUUUCGAAUGACACUAUCAGAAACCGUGAAAAGGAACUGCAAGAAUUAAGCAUUCAGAGAGAGGAAAGAGAGAAAAGUUUUGUAGAUGAGCAAAGCAGAUUCUGUAGCCUCAUUGAGGAAAGAGGUGUUCAGAUUAAAAGGCUUGAAGAAACUAUAGUUAAUAAAGGAUCUGACUUGGUGAACUUGAAUCAUAACUUCGAAAGUCUGCAACUCGAGUUCAAAUUAAAGGAAGAUGACUUGAACAAUUUGAGUUGUUCUAAGGAGAAAUUGGAAAAGGAGAAGAUUGAUCUUCUAUCAUGCAACCAAAGGUUUGCCUAUAAAUUGGACAGGGCACUGGGGGAGAUUAAGAACCUUGAAAAUCUUGUCAAUAUACUGUCUGUGAGCUUGACUGAUUUAGAUAACCAGAGCCUGACCAUUUCAGAUAACUUCAAGCAGCUCAGCACUUCAUUCAAUAUUUGCUUUAAGUUGGCACAGGAGGGAAGGGACCUUCGCAUCCAGAGCUCUCAAAAUAAAUAUGAUCAGCUUCAUGAUCGCUUUGUACAUGCUACAUCAGAGAAAGAUGUAUUGUAUUUGGUCAAUCAAGACUUGAGAAAUAAGGUCAUUGAUUUCGAGAAAGAGCGAGAAUUCACAAUGGUACAACAUGCAGAAGAGUGCCGCUUAGUGGAAGAGAGAUUUCUAGCUCUAGAAACCAAAGCUGAAGGUCUUCUUUCUAGGAAGAAUGACAUGGAGUCGUUAAUUGCUGAAUUGGAGGAGAAACUUAACAGCACAGCCGAAAAUGCUCAAUUAUCUGAGAAAAGAAUGCAAGAGUCAUUGUUGAAGAUAUCAGAACUAGAAUUUGAAUAUAAAGAUAAUUGUGAAAAACUGCAAGCAGAGAUACUGAAAAAAGAAGAAGAUAUAGACAUCCUCAAAAAGGAGAUAGAGAAGCAUGAACAGAGUUUAGAGUCACAGGAGAAAAAGGUAAAUCAGUUUGAGGUUAUAUCGGAAGAGAGAGAUGGACUUAUUCAGAAGUACAAGGAAAAAGAAAAAGAGCUAGAAGAUGAAAAUGCCAAGAUUCAAGAGUUGCUGGUUAGGGCUGAAAGUAACCUUGCAGAAGCCAAGAAGCAGCAUGAACAGAUGUUAGAAAGUAAACAAUUAGAAUUAUCAAGGCACUUAAAGGAGAUUUCUCAAAAAAAUGAUCAGGCAAUUAAUGACAUUCGGAGAAAGUAUGAGGUGGAGAAGCUCGAGAGUAUCAAAAUUGAAAAAGAAAAGGCAAGUAAAGCUAUUGAAGAAAUGCAAGCACAAUGUGACCAGAAGCUUGCAGAAUGCAAGGAGGUAUCAGAGCAAUACUCAAAGCGAAUACAAGAAGAACAAGCUGGUUUGAUUUCUCGAAUCCAACAGGAGCAUGAUGAAAAGGAAACGAACCUCAUAUACAAGCACAGCGAACAGCUAAAAUAUGCUAAUAUUCAAGCUGAAAAUGAAUUAAGGGAGAAGACAAUGUCAAUGAGAAAAGAACAUGAUGCCCAAUUAAGAGCUUUGAGGGAUCAGCAUAAAGACGAGUGUAGGCAACUCCAGGAAGAAUUAGAUGUCCAGAGAACCAAAGAAGAGAGGCAGAGGGCUUUAUUACAGUUACAGUGGAAAGUAAUGAGCGACCACCCUCAGGAGGAUCAAGAAGUAGAAUCUAAAAAGAAUUAUUCCAUUCCGGCGAGCAAGAUAAGAAAUUCUCAUAGUGGCAAAAGUGGACAGCGCGUUGUUGUCAGAGAAGAAGAACAGGAGGAGGAUUCACCUUACUUGAGGGAAACACAAACUCCGGUUUCAAACAUACUGAAGAGAACGAAGAAUGAGAAUACAGGAAGCAUGAGGAGUAUUCCCAAACAUAGUAAAAAGGUAACUCGACGAGAAUACGAGAUUGAAACAACAAAUGGAAGGACAAUAACAAAAAGAAGAAGAACAAAAAGUACUGUCAUGUUUGAGGAUCCAGAAAAGAACAGGAGCAGGAGCACGAGGACUACAAAAGCAAAUACUCCCAGAAAUGUUGUCAAAGGAAUCAAGGGAGGUGGACUCCAGAAGCCUUCAAAUAUAGGUGAUCUGUUCUCAGAAGGAUCUCUGAAUCCAUAUGCAGAUGAUCCUUAUGCAUUUGAUUAAGGUGAUAUGCAUUUUCAGGAAGUUGGACCAGAUACACGCUUCUCACUUCCUCCUGUCGUCAUACUUGUGUUUCUUACUUGAUCCUUUUAGGUGGUGCACUUUUCCUUUGCAUACAUAACUGCACCAUGUAAAUAUAAGAAAGGCUUCAGUUUCUAUUUCUAAACUCUCUCGUUCAAAGCCCGGUGAACAAGCUGUAUAUGAAAAUGAAGGACAUAUUUGUGAUGUUAUUAACUACUGCAUUACUAUAUUGACACUGCAGCUGGUAACACAGAAUCGGAAGUUGGUUUUAGUUGCUACAGCUCGUCUUUGUAGUAUAUCUUAAGAGCCUGUAUUGGUGCGUCGAUAGUAUCGAUCUAUAUUAGAUAUAUUUAGAUAUUAGCGGUUAGCUAUUAGCGGAUUGAAUUAGAUAUUUUGAU